CACCUGCACAAUGAUGAUGGAGUAACAUCUUUUGUGCAAUGGGAUUAAAAAAAUCGUGCUCACCCCCACUCCAAUGGCGUCUUCCAUUUGAUCAAUAGUGAUGACGAGAGGAAACGCCAGUAAAAGGUAGACACCGGUUGUGUUAGCCUCCACUCUACCAGCUGAGCCACCAAGUGGAGUGAAAAUCUCCAUCGCAAACGCCGCAUCCAUGUUGCACUCUCUCACGACCGAAAUGUCGAUACUGUAGAGAAAACCGUCAGCAAACAGGUCCGUGGGGCAGAGCAGAGUAUCGCAGGCCUCGUUGGGAGAGCACUGGAAGUAGUAAAGCGGCAUCUCCGCAAUCUGCUUCAGCGCGUCGCAGUAGGUGGCUGGUCGGGGUGUGGGGGAAGGAGACGGGGUCGGAGUAAAGUCUGGGGUACACUCGGUCGCAUUGGGUAGUUCUGUCGGCGUAUUUAUAAAAAAGAACUCAUAAUUGCGGGUGUUGAAUUUGUUGGCAAUGUCGACGACAGAGAGACCUUCGGGGGCCCUGUCGGGGAAGUCUACCUCGAUCACGUUCAGGGUCUUCCCGUACUCCAUCCUCAGAUCCAGACAGUCUCUGGUGACGUUGUAGGUGAUGGUAUUGCAGAUUUCGGCCGUUCUGUAAAUGCAGUUGCCUCGACUCCCGAUGGCGUCAAUCGCCCACAGGUCGGUGCACACAUUGCAGGCUCCACGAGAGAAGUCGAUGAGACCGUCGCAGCUGUCCUUGAUCACCUGACUGGGACUAGUGCUGGGGACUGGGUCGUGGGCCCACGGCUGGUCCCCCAGUUGAAGACUCUCAUGCACAAACACAAACACACGUUCGUUUCUGUUAGCGGCUAAUAUCAGUGUCGGCCAUUCUCCAGUGGUGUUGAAUGCCGAGUUCAUUGUCAGGAAUGGUCUGCUCCUCUUCGUCUUGAGAGGCUGAACGGUCCAGUAACUCUCCAGGAGUUCAUUCAAGGCAUUUGCUAUGGGCUCCGAUCGUGAGCGGUCAUAGUCUCCAUUGAAAAACAGGGACACAAUCUCAAAGUAGUUCGGAGACAUAUUGAGCCAGUCGUUGACUUGACGCAAGAUUUCGUCAACUUUUCCGGCGUAGCCAUUACUGUGGCAUGUCCAGAGUCCUGCAGAGACGGCUGUGGUGGCCUCUCCAUCUGUCACCCAGCAGAGGUCAAUGUCGAACCAACGGAUGCCAAAAUCCAGCUGUGCGGUGUAGUUUAGGUCCUGGUUCCUGUAGACGCAGCCAGGGGUGGGGAAACCGUUGCGAAACACCAGGGGCCCGUUGAAUCCGGAGCCAGAGUUGUGUGUACCGGGCCACGUGAUCUGGUUGUAGUCGAGGUUGCAAAUGUCAUCUCUUCCCAUGAUCAGGGGGCAUGAAUCGCCCCUCUUGUUGUGGACUGCUCCUGCGGCUGCGGCGUGAUCAGCUGCAGCAGUAGCGCAUUGGUAGAGAAUUGCCACCAAGGCCAGAGCACGUACUACAGGUAUGCUGCAAACUCUCUCCAUGAUCGUCUGGUCCAAUCCGAAUAUAAUAUACCGCGGGAGCUCUCUCAUGCGUCUUAUAUGCAGGAUUCCUGGCACACUACGCAUGCGCGACAGUGGUAGCGCAUCGUUUUGUGCUGAAUCUGCAAUUUUGACUGAAGGUGUGCGUUAAUUGGAGAAAAAUGUCCAGCGUCUGUUCGCAAUGCGGUGGCACUGACAUAGAGUACGACCAGGCGCGCGGCGACGCCGUCUGCACGAGCUGCGGCUCCGUGCUAGAAGACAACAUAAUCGUCUCCGAGAUCACGUUCCAGGAGCAGAGCAGCGGGGCGUCCACCGUCGUAGGCCAAUUCGUCUCCUCCGAAGGUGGAAAGAACCCGCUCAGUGGAACGGGGUUUCAUCAUGGGAUGGGUAAAGAUUCUAGAGAGGUCACUCUGCAGCAAGCCAAAAAGAGACUCACAAACCUCGGGAACCUGCUCAAGCUCAACCACCACUGCAUCGACUCGGCGUUCAUGUUCUUCAAGAUGGCGCUCAACCGUAACCUCACGCGAGGUCGUAAAUCCAGCAUUGUGGACACUGCCUGCCUCUACCUAGUCUGUCGCAGUGAGGGCACUCCACAUCUAUUGCUGGAUUUCAGCGAUGUUUUGCAGAUCAACGUGUAUGCUCUGGGCAGGGCCUACCUCAAACUGGCCACUGCUCUGCACAUCAACCCACCAGCUAUUGACCCGUGUCUCUACAUCCACCGGUUUGCCCACAAGCUGGAGCUGGCGGAGAAGACCCACGAAGUGUCGGUGACGGCCAUGAGACUGGUGGCCAGGAUGAAGAGAGACUGGAUCCACCACGGUCGGAGACCUGCGGGACUCUGUGGGGCAGCACUCCUGGUGGCUGCCAGACUGCACAACUUCAACCGGUCGGUGCGGGAGGUGGCCAAAGUGGUGAAGCUCUCGGAGGGUACCAUCAGGAAGAGGCUGGGGGACUUCAAGGACACGGCGUCGAGUCGACUCACCAUCGACGAGUUCCUCAAGAUCGACCUGGAGCAGGAGCACGACCCUCCCAGCUUCAACGACGCCAAGAAGAAGUCCAAACAGCAGCAACAACAGCACCAGACAGGUGAAGUGGGAGAGGAAGGUGACGUUGUGAGGUCCAAAGAGAGAGGGGAGGAGGGCGAAGAGGAGGAGGAGGAGGGCGGCAGGGGAGGAGGUGGUGGGUUUGGAGGCAUCGUCAUUGGCUCAGUGGAGGAGACAAUAGAGAGGGCGAGAAUAGCUGAGGCCUUCAUGAAUGCCUCCUCUACAGCAGGACUCUCUGAGAAUCUGGACACUCUUGCCACACUGGUUGAUCAGGAAGACAACGGUGUGGCAAGACCAUGUGAAAGACCGGAGGACAGUGAGCUUAAUCUGGAGGGCAUCGACGACAAAGAAAUUGAAAUGAUGUUACUUUCGGAGGAAGAGGCAAAGAUAAAGGCACAGCUCUGGUACAGUGAGAAUGCAGACUUCUUAAAAGAGCAAGAAGUAAAACGAGAAAAACUUGCUGCCCUGGAAGCCGCCAAAGCCGACAAACCCAAAAAGAAAUACAACAAGAGGAAGACCAGGGUGAGCCAGCCAGCCAGCACCGCCGGAGAGGCCAUUGAGAGAAUGCUCGUCGAGAGGAGAAUAUCGACAAAGAUAAACUACGACGUCUUGAAAGACUUGGACAAGACAAUGAGCAGUCAGGGGGAAUCGAGUCACCAGCCAACUCUGGUUGAAGAGCCCGGUGCUAGUAGACACUCUGUGGCAGGGGUGACCUCAGAGACCUCUCAGGGUGGGCUGGGGGAGGGUGGAGACGAGGGGGUCGCGGGGUUCAGUGGGUGUGGCUCACCUCCAGUGACCCCCAGAUCACCCCUGGUCCCUGGGAGGAGAGACAGACUGCCUUCUCUCCAGUCGAGGAAGCGAUCGCUCCCCUCCUUUGCCAGAGGCUACCUCGACUGCAGACUAACACAGUGGAACCUGCUCUACCAGUAUCGCCACCAGUAG